AUGACAUCUCGCGAAGAAACCGUCCUUGCUCCCACUGAUCCCUCCAUCACUGAUGAAAACGAUUGGUGGGAGUUCGGCCUGACUGAGGUCAAAGUUCUGAAACCGGGGAAGAUGCUUUAUGCAAACUUACUUGAAGCCACAGAACAAAACCCAGUCCAGGUGAUCGGUUGCUUAGAGAAGCUUCCUGAGACACAUGAGCAUUUAGGUUCGUAUCAGUUAAGUUACAGGUCGUUAUCAACCAGAUUGUUAACCCGUCACUCUGUAGUGCUCAACCCCGACAAUCCUCCGAAACGCAUUAUCAUCGACGAAGUUACACACUAUGCCUACGGUCAAACAGAGGAUAAAAGUAUCGAGCUUUGGGUUGCCGGUAAGGCGGGAUGGUACAAUAUCAUUUCACCGGCCAAGGGAUUCCAACCCACAUACAACCGCAUGGUCCAGGCAAUCGACAUACUAUAUUUCUUGGUCGACAGACACAAGCAAGGCAAAAGGCAAAUCAAUCCCUCUUUCCGGAGCCUCUGUGAACAGUACACAUAUCAUUCUUAUGGCUCAUGCGAAACUCGAGAAGAGUCAGCUGAAGUAUUUGCGACACAUGCUGCCUUCUUAUUGCGCUGUAUGAUCCAAGGUGAUGCAGGUGUAGAGUGGCAGAGUACGAAUGUAUUCAUUCACCUACGACGCCAAUUCAACGAUGAUUACAACCGACUUAUGGAGGAGCUUUCACCCUCAUCCGAAGAAGACGAAGCUAAGGAUGAACCCGAAGUCUCAACCCCCCGGCAUGAGCCGGUUGCUAUCUCUAAAUCACAAGCCGGUGCAAUCUACCGGCUGCUCAAGGACCUCAAAGAAGAAGGCCACUUGGCAAAGCGUCGGUUGCAUCUCGAUCUCCUCACAGAACGCUUGUCGGAGCGCUUUUCUUUCAGCAAUGAUGACGCUCAAAAAAUAAUUGCUGCCAGAGCGACUGCCGUGAUUGAAAUGAUGGACGAAGAAGAUGCGCCUGGCUUCAGGUGGUCUCGCUACGUCAUUCAUCGCGAACUCACCAAUGCAGCCUCAAAAUCUGCACCUUUACCGCGUGCACUCCUCACCCCUCUAAAUUCCGGUGAGGAAUCCAGCGACGAUGAACGUUUCGGUCGGACCCAGAAGUCUGUACUACGUCCGAGGGUCACCACGGUCUCUAACAAAGUCACCGGGAAACGAAAUCGCAAUACCUUCACAAUCCAACAGACGGAUGAGCCCGACGACGAAGAGGAAGAGCAGGAUGACACUGAUGAAAUGGAAGACAUUGAAACACCUAGCAAGACCCGAGGUCACGAGUUGAUCAGGGAUCCAUUCUCAGCCUCUAGACCUCGAACUCGGUCCUUCCUAUCAGCUUCAUCGAGUGGCGCCGGCUCCUCUCUAAUGAAAAUCCUGUUCAAAGACAAGCUUCAGACUCCUUCUGUAUCUUCUUCAACCACACAGCCGAGUUUACCGUCUCCGGGGCGAGAACCGACUCCAGCUACAUAUACCUCGCAGGAUGUCGAAGAGCCCAUGGAAAAGCCAUCUGCUAUAUGGGCCUGCGGCAUGCCCGGGUGUGACAAGGUCUUUUCAAUGCCCGAUGGAGACGAGCGCAAGCAACUCAUUGGCAAUCACGCCGGCGAGCACGACUGGGACAUGCAGAUGAAAAUCGAGCUCAUGGAGGCAGAGAAACGCAUGCAUUCAUCCCUGCCCGUUAGCAAUCUUAUGCAAUACGUCGUUGAGCAGCAUGUACAGCUGAUGCGCAUCGCAUUUCCGGAGUUUUAUACCGCGAGCAGGGAAGAUGAAAAUAGAAAUGGCUCCGCUCCAGGCCAGGAAGGCUGGGAGGCUGAGCCAUUCAUUCCGGAGACAGAGCAGCCAAAUCUCCGGGGUGACGACGAAGAGGACGAGGACGAGGACGAAGAAGAUGAGGAGCUUGAAGACCUUGCGAAUGGCCACACUUGA